UUUUUCGGCCCUUUGAUUGGCUCUUCGCAGUAGCUGUUAAACGAUAUAAGGAGUGCGCUCUGGCGAAGCCCUAGUGAAUUGCAGCAACAGUUCUAAGGAUUGUCUACCUGGAAGUAUAAAAACUCGCGGAGAUGGCAGAAAAAGUAACCCUAUAUUAUUUUGAUGGAAGAGGACAGAUGGAAUCUAUUAGGUGGCUGUUGGCGGUGGCUGGGGUCGAGUUUGACGAAGUGCUACUGAAGACCAGAGAGCAAUUUCUGAAUCUGCUGAAAGAUGGAUCGCUUAUGUUUCAGCAGGUGCCUCUGGUUGAAAUGGACGGGCUGAAGCUCGUGCAGACCAAGGCUAUUCUCAACUAUAUAUCUGCGAAGUACAAUUUGUAUGGGAAGGACCUUAAAGAAAGAGUCAAGAUUGAUAUGUUUGCUGAGGGAACCAGAGAUCUGAUGGACAUGAUGAAGAUGAUGCCAUUCCUCACCCCGGACAACCAGAAAGGCAAACUGGAGGAGAUGCACCGCAAGGCUUUAGAGCGAUACUUCCCCGUCUACGAAAAGGCACUGUCUAAUUCUCAGUACCUGGUAGGCGAGCAGUUAAGCUGUGCAGAUAUUCACCUGCUGGAAGCCACCUUAAUGGUGGAAGAAAAGUGUCCCUCAGUGCUCUCCACCUUCCCAAAUCUACAGGCUUUUCAGGCAAGGAUGACGAGAGUUCCAGCCAUCAGCAAGUUCCUGCAGCCAGGAAGCAAGCGGAAGGCCCAGCCCGACGAGGUCUACGUGCGAACCGUGAAGGAGGUGCUAGAGUUUUAGAGAACCUCAGGAGUGCUCUGCAGGACAGCUACCGAAAGACACAACCCGACUGUCUUAUGGAUAGGAAGUUCACCUUCAGAAAAUGAUCCCCAAUGUUUCCUCCAUCUUUCUGUAUUGUUGUUCCAGGUCUUUGAGACCAUUAAAGCCACCUGCAGAA